AUGUAAUAUGGUAGAAAGGGAGAGGAUUUAACAAGAUCUAGAAUUGAAAUUCUUGAAGACUUGACGAGAGAGUCUGUCGAAUCUUUAGAUAGUUUAUUGCCUUAAUUUCAUUGUGACAACAUACAACAAUUAGAAAUAGAGAGGAGAGUAGUUGCUUAUUUAAGAGCAUUGGGAAUUAAAUUUAAGACUGAUCCUACUUAAAAAGAAUAAGAGUUUUAGUAUGAAGUUUAUUAAUUUAGUGAAUACCCAAAAAAAGAUGGCAUAAUAUUUUAAUAAGUGAUAGGUGAAUCCCCAAUGAUUAAGAAUAUUUAAAUCAUAAAUUUUGGAACAGAUCAAAGUAAAACAAAAAGCGAUUCUGAAAAAUUCUUAAGUCCGUUUCUUCUAGGGAAAUAACGAUCGUUUGAAAUGUGAUUAUAUUAUGAUAUUUAAUUAGAGGCUGAAUAAGUUUGAUAAAAAGAUUAUUAUUAUAUUAUUAUAUCAUAAUAGGUUCUAAUAAAUAGGAUUAGUUCUAUUUUUUUAGUUAAUUUUUGAAAUUAUAGUUACAAUUUAUAUGGAUUUUGUCAUUGAUUAUAAAAUACAUAAUAGGAUUAUAAAAUUAUAAACUUUGAACAUCAAAAUGGGAUCAUAUUUGACUAAGUGUAAAGAAUGUCUUUUUCUUUUCAAAAGCAAGCCCUCUACUUAAGUGCCAUCACAUUAAUUAGUGAAUUUAUCCAAUAAUCCUGCGGAGGAAAGUUAAGGAAAAAUACAGGCAUAAUAGAUAAGUUAAAUCAAUCCAAAAUUUAGGUAUUGCACAAGAUCAUACUCAUUCUAAUGAUUAAUCAUUAUGUUAAGCAGAAAAAAAUGAUGAAAAAAAUGAGAAUGACCUUACAUUAGAAACAAUUACCAAUAAAUAAUUGCCAAUCGUAAGAUCACCUUCAAUAAAUUAAACAGUAUAGUAAAAAGAGGAAGAUAAAUUUAUUAUAAAAUAGUAAUCUAGAUAAAAUUUGGAUAAUUUAGUACAAUAGACAUAAUAAUAAUAAUCAGUAGAAAAUUGGAUGAUGUCUUUCUCUAAUAUUAAUUCAAUUAGAAUUGAUGAUUUAACAUUAUAUGCUUAAGAAGCACUUGAAAAAUUCACAGAAUUAGUUGAUAUUAUAGAUGAUAGUGAUACUUACAUUUAGAAUAUCAAUAAUAUUGAAUUGUAUUUUUCACAUUAUUUCAUGCAAAAGAUUAUGUUCAUUCAGAUUAAGUGUUUAUAUAAUUAUUAUAAUAUAGGUUUCAAUUUGAUUUGAAUACUGAUAUCAGUAAAUUUCUCAAAUGGUCAAAUACAAACUCUUUAUUUGAUUUUGAUUUGUUUGAAAAUUAUUAAUUAUUACCAAUUAAUGAAUAGAUGUCUAUAGGAGAAUUAUAAUUAAAUAAACAUUCAAUGAUUAAAAAGCAAUUGAUUACAUACCUUAAAUAUAUAGAAUUGCUUAAUGAAGAUUAUUAUAUUGUUUUUAAAUCAAUACGAUUGGAAGAUUAAUACCAAUCUAAAAUGUAUUAUUAUUUAUAUAUUUAUUCAGAUUUAAAAAGGAAGCAUAGUUAUAAGAAGGGAGAAUAUUAUUAGGAGGAUUGAGAAUAAGUUAAAAAGAUGGAAAAUUAAUAAUUAGAGGAUACUUAGAUGGUGAUUUUAAAAUAAAAGCUGGAUUUAAUUUAACAAUUAAGACUCUUAGAGAAAAAGUUAUUGGAUGUAUCAAUAGGGUGAAGGAUUUAUUUAAUUGA